GAUUAAAACGUAAUAUUUUUCUGUCUCGGAUAGGAAUGGAUUUGGCGUUGGAGAUAUCCAAGAAUGCGAAUCGCGUGAUAUUGAGUCAUCACCUGACCGAGACCAUCGACACCGUGUUUCCCGAGAAUGUCGUGCAGAAAGGUGACGUAGUGGAAUUGACGGAACGCGAGGUGGUUUUUGCGGACGGGACGAAGGAGCAGGUUGAUGUCGUCUUCUAUUGUACAGGCUACAAGUACAGCUUCCCCUUUCUCGCCGAGUCCUGUGGAGUGCGAGUGGAUUCCAACAUGGUCACGCACCUUUGGAAGCAUCUGGUGUGCAUAGAGAACCCUACUUUGGCAUUGAUUGGCCUUCCAUUCUACGUUUGCGCCUUUAGUAUGUUCGAUUUGCAG